CUAGUUCUUUGUAACUUCCAAGAGUUGUACCGCAAGUGGAACUUCAACAGCAAAAGCUCUUCGCAACGAAUAUUGUGCUGUUUGGAUUUUAAAUUUAAUUUACUAGGUGCAAAUUAGCAAGAGCCUUUCAUAAUGGGGCGUCCGCGUAAUAUGAAAAAAAAGGGAGAAGCUGGAGAGGCAGCAAGAUUCAUCUCCAGGUCUCGAGCUGUGCGGAAGCUCCAGCUUGGGCUCCAAGCCUUCAAUAGAGUGUGCAUCAUCAAAGGCAUUUUCCCCAUAGAGCCCAAGAACAGAAUCAAAGCCCAAAAGGGCGAUUCAAAGUACAGACCUUUGUACCUCAAGAAGGACAUUAAAUUUCUCAUGCAUGAUCCUCUUAUUUGGACCAUCAGACAGGAAGAAGCCCUGAGGAAGAAGCUGGCAAAGGCGCGACACUUGCGAGACGGAUACAAGGAGCAGCUUGUGAAAAGAAACAAACCAAUUUAUCGCCUGGAACAAAAUGUUCUUGAGAGAUAUCCUACAUUUGUUGAUGCUGUCAAAGACCUGGGCGAUCCUCUGACAAUGAUCUUCCUUUUCUGUAACAUAGAAGUUCGUCCUCCUAUUUAUGAACAUCACGUGUCCCGUUGCCAGAGGCUCAAGAUAGAGUUCUUAACAUACGUUAUAGAGGCGUCUUGCCUCACAAAGGCAUUCAUCACAACUAAAGGAUAUUAUUAUGAGGUGGAAAUAAUGGGGCACAACAUCGUAUGGACCGCGCCACACAACUGCGUCACGGAGGUUCCUCCCAAUGCCGACAUGAAGAUCAUGCGUCACUUCCUGGAGUUCUACAUCGCCAUGUUAGGCUUUGUCAAUUUCCGCCUCCUGGGCAAAGUGGACUUGCGCUAUCCCCUGAAACCUAAAGUCAUGCCCCGGCUCAAAGGUGCUGAAAAGAAAGACUUGGAUAAUUUAAAGAACUUGAUGGCUUCACUGAACUACCCAUUGGAAAAGACCACUGAAGAAAGUGAAGAAAAUCUCGAUGACAACGAGACCACUUCCAAGCUCAUCAAGGGAAGCUCUGAAAAGACACAAAAGGUGUAUGCCGAGCGGAUGCAAGCCGAGGCUCGACGCAAGCUGUUCAGCGGCCUCAAGUUCUUCCUGAACCCCGAGUGCAACAGGGAGUCGCUUACGCUCGUGAUCCGGUCGUGCGGUGGUGAGGUGUCGUGGCCAAGCACCGUGUUUCCAUGCUCAACGUACAAGGAGGACGACCAAUGCAUCACUCACCAGAUCGUCGAUAGACCAAAUUUUGAUAAGAAAUAUCUUACGAGGUUCUACGUACAGCCUCAGUGGGUGUAUGACUGCCUGAACGCUGUCACGCUGAAGCCGUGCCAGCCCUACCUGCCGGGCUGCCCUCUGCCCCCGCACAUCUGUCCCUUCCUGAAGAACUUUGAAGGGUGGUACAUUCCUCCUGAAGAAGAAGAUUUGCGCAAGCUGCUCGCCGCUUCACCCGAGGAAAAAGAAGCGCUGCUCAAGGAGAUGGCCGCAGCCGAGCAGAAAAAACUUGCCAUGUUACGAGCUGUAAACGAGAAAAGUGAUGACGAGAGCGGCAGCGAAGAUGAUGACGACGAAGAUAAGUAUGACGAAGAUGAAAACGAUGAGUCUGAUGAAGAAAAAGACGAAGAGGUCGAGGAAGACGGCGACGAUGCAGUGAAUGAAGCCGACGCUUCCAUGGAGGUGGACGAUGGUGAGGGGAACAACAAAGAAGAGGAGAAGAAAGAUGAUGGAAAGGAAGAGGAGAUUAAGGACGUUGUGCGGCGGGGUAAAGAGAGAUUCUACAGCAAAAAGAAAGACGAGUCCAAAGAGGAGCGCACCGACACAAGGAUGCGCACGCUGAUGAUUCACAAGAAGAAUCGUAAGUUGUACCACAAACUCAAGACUAAGGAAACCAAGAGACUCCGUCGCAGCUCAAUGCUUAAGGAUCGCCGAGAGGCUCUUGAACUUCACAAGAUUGGUAAAAUAUCAGACGAGCAGUUGGAAGGUCCUCCUAAAACAAAGAUCAAGCAAACGUUCUCUGAACGUCGCGCUAAACUUUACCAAAGUCGCGUCCGUUCGGCCGUCAGGUUUGCCCGCUCUGCGGCCAACAAGAAUCGCUUCAGAGGCGAGAAAAAAAAACCUGCUAUCGCUGACACUCGAGAUGAAUAAACAUGUCAGUAAA